AUGCUGCGGCACCGUCCUGCACCAGGAAUCUUAAUUUCUCAAUCUCAGAUCUUUAACCAGUACGCCAUUGCUGCCAUUACCAUGACCUGUUGCGACCACAUUUCCACAUUCCCUAUCCAAAAAUUGACUCCUGGCACUCAGGUGCACAAGGAUGAUUGUAUGUACUGCUUCGAUACACCAGAAAAUUGCCCCAAGGGUAUAGAUAUAUGUCUCGAGUGCUACCAGUCAUUCUCUCGUGGACCAUUAAAUCACACAGAAUUGCAUGUAAACAGUACCCACCAUCAGAUCUACCUCAAUCUAGUCAAGGAGUUGAAGCCGGAAGACGAAAGAAAGAGGAAAUCCGAUGGAGAACGCAGCGUUAAAAUGGCUAAACUCAUGAUCACAGACUCACAGGAAGACGACAAUUACAAUACGCUAACAUCUAUAUAUUGUGCCUUGUGUGACUUGAAAUGUAACAUGUCUGAAGUUUCUGAAGGUCUUCAGCUGAAAGUUGACGAAAUCAUGAAUGCAAACUCGUCUACUCGGAGCGAAGAAAUCAAGGCAUGGGAACAGGAAAUUUUCCCUUGUACACAUUCUUGUGACAUUCAACAAACCGUCACAGACUCGCCACCAGAUCUCUCUAAAUGUGGUGCUUGUGACUUGAAACAAAACUUGUGGAUAUGUCUCCACUGUGGUUCCAUUGGUUGCGGUAGAGAACAAUUUGGCUCGUCCAUUCCUGGCAAUUCCCAUGCAUUGGCACACUACGAACUCACUGGCCAUCCAGUAGCGGUAAAGCUUGGCUCUCUAUCGGCUGCCGGCUCUGAAAUCUGCGACUCUUAUUGCUACAAAUGUAACGAUGAAGUCAAGGUUCCUAACGUUUCAGCAUGCUUGUUAAAGUUUGAUAUCGACGUUUCGAAAGCGGUCAAGACAGAAAAGAGUCUAGUUGAAAUUAACCUUGAUCAGAACUUGAACUGGGAUUUCAAACUCGACGGCGCCAAUGGAGAAAAGUUGCAGCCUGUAUUCGGCUCCGGGUUAACCGGCAUGAAGAACCUUGGAAACCUGUGUUACUUGAACUCUGUCGUCCAGUCGUUAUUCAGCCUUAACGACUACAAGUCAUACUUUGAGAACAAGACGUUUCCGCCCUUCAAGCGUGUGAAAGAUCCGUCGAGGGACGUAUGCUGUCAACUUGUCAAGAUGUAUGAUGGGCUUUAUUCUAGCAGAUAUUCGGUGCCAUCUCAACUCUCUGGAGAUGUAUACCAAGCGGGAAUCAAACCAUCAACUUUUAAGCAUUUAAUAGGUGAAAACCACCCUGAAUUUCAAACGCAACGACAACAAGAUGCAUACGAGUUUUAUUUGCAUUUGCUCGAUAAGAUCGACAAUGAAGUUGGCUUAGCACUUAAUGAAGGCUUGAAGUUUGUUCUUGAUAACAAGAUCCUCUGUUCCAAGUGCAACAAAGGACGGAUAGACAGCGAACUUGUUGAUAGCUUAUCGGUGCCCAUUGUCGAUGAAAAUACUAGCGAUACCGAAAAGGUGGAUAUACUAGAGAAGAUAGAGGACUACUUUGCGGUUGAGGCAGUUGAAGAUUAUCAAUGUGAUGAAUGUAAAGAGAAAACUGUUGCAUUCAAAUCAAGUGGUUUUAAAACUUAUCCACAAUCUUUGGUGUUGAAUGCAAGACGAAUUCAGUUGAAGAACUGGGUGCCCGUUAAAGUGGAUGUGGAACUUCAGGUGCCCGAUGUGAUUGAUUUGAGUUCUUUUGGUGCCCCAAUACUCGAAGAUGGCGAGCAAGAGUUUACUAAAACAAACAGCACAACAUUCGAACCCAAUCCAGAUGCCAUGGAAAUGUUAUCUAGUAUGGGCUUUCCUCACAAUCGAGCGGCCAAAGCACUUUACAAUACAGGCAAUAAAUCAGCCGAGGAUGCAAUGAAUUGGCUCUUUGAGCAUCUCGAGGAUGCAGACAUCGAUGCUCCGCUUGAGGUUUCCGAGUCGAAAGAGUCCAAUGAGCCUUCAAAUGAAGCUAUUGCAUCCUUAGGAGCGAUGGGAUUUUCAAGUCAAGUUUCUCGAAAAGCACUCAUUUUAUCCAAAGGCGAUGUUAACGCUGCGGUAGAAUGGCUUUUCAGUAACCCAGAUGAUGACGGAGUCAUCGAAGUCGACAGAACUAAAUCUACAGCCGAGGCAAGACUGUCGUUAAUGGAAAAAUUGACUCUGGCACCAGCUACAGGUGGUAAUUACAAGCUCAAAGCUAUCGUUUGUCAUAAAGGUUCAUCUCCUCACACCGGCCACUACGUUGCAUACAUUCGUCUCAACAUCGAUAACCAAGAAAGGUGGGUCCUUUUCAACGACGAAAAGGUGGUUCUCUGUGACGAAUCUAGCAUGAAAGAAGUGGGUGCCAAUGGAUACUUGUACUUCUUUGAGAAAAUCGCCCAUUAG